UAAUAAAAAAGUGGGUGCGUUUGGUUUGGGGUGGUGGAAAGAAAGGCGCUAAAAGCAGAAAGCAGAGAAUUGGUGAGUAAGAUAGCCGCUACAGAAGAGAAACAAGAAGCAAAUGGCUUCUUUCCAUCUCAGAAGAUUAGUAAGCAGCGUUCUUAACUCGCGGGUGCAAACAAAUCCCCUUUUGACCUUCAGGUGCUUCUGUUCUCCUCCUGUUACACCUUUCACUUCCCAUGCUAGUUACGACCCUAACUCCAUCCACUUGUCCAACCAAGAAAGCAAAAGACGCUUGUUCAACAGGCUAUUAUACAGAAGCAAGCAGCGAGGGUUCCUCGAACUCGAUUUGGUUCUCGGAAAAUGGGUAGAGGACAAUAUUCACUCCUUGGAUGAAUAUCGCGUUCGAGCUCUCAUUCUUCUCCUCGACUUGGAGAAUCCAGAUUUAUGGAAGUGGAUAUCUGGACAAGAGCAACCCCCAGAAUCAAUCAACAUAAACCCAGUCUUUGCCGCAGUGCGAGAAGGAGUUAUGAAGAAUCUUGAGAGUCAUUCUGCUCCUGAAACAAGAGCAACACCUGGCAAACCAUGGGUAAGAGGCUGGGAUGAUAUCAAGAAAUUUCCGGGUGGUUCCAUUACUGGGAAUCAGUAGCUUUAGAAAAAUCUUUUCAUUAGUGACAAUGAAAAAAUAUCUGGUCUACCAUAUUUUUCACAAUAAAUAAGGGCUGGGUAACUGCAACAUAAAGGUUUGUAUUAACCACUAGAGAUCUGUAAAGGGGUGAAACCGUGAAACUAGAAGAUUGUGAUCGACUUUCUGUUAAACUUUUGUUCACCAUUUGCACUGUAUAUCUAUUUUGAGUGUUGUAUGUUGUGGCUUGAAAUGCUUGAGUCUGGAUUUUUCUUUUUCUGUUCUAA